AUGGGAAAAGUUCGUAAUUCUAAGACUUCUCUACGGAAGGAGCAGCGUAAGAAAGAAGCCGAGUAUAUCAAUGAUUUAGAGCGAAGAAUCGAAGAAUACGAUCCGAAGACUUCGAAAGCUGUUUUUUUCAAGGAUUUGCCCAUAAGCGAUGCUACUUUAAAAGGUCUGAAGGAGGCCUCUUUUGUGAAGCUUACCGAGAUUCAGCGCGACUCAAUUCCAGUGUCAUUGAAAAAUCGCGACGUUCUCGGUGCUGCCAAGACUGGUUCGGGCAAGACGUUGGCGUUUCUGGUUCCUGUGCUGGAGAAACUUUAUCGUGCGAGAUGGACCGAAUUCGACGGGCUGGGAGCUCUUAUUAUAUCUCCGACCAGAGAACUGGCUAUGCAGAUCUACGAAGUGCUGACUAAGAUUGGUGGCCACACUUCGUUUUCUGCAGGGCUGGUCAUUGGGGGAAAGGAUGUGAAGUUUGAAUCGGAGCGAAUCUCAAGGAUCAAUAUUCUUAUUGGGACACCGGGACGGAUCUUGCAGCAUAUGGACCAGGCUGUUGGGUUGAAUACCGACAAUUUGCAAAUGCUGGUGCUGGAUGAGGCCGACAGGUGUCUGGAUAUGGGAUUCAAGAAAACGUUGGACGCGAUAGUGAGCAAUUUGCCGCCAUCAAGGCAGACUCUGCUGUUUUCCGCAACGCAAUCUCAGUCAUUGGAUGAUCUAACGAGAUUGUCUUUAACUGAUUAUCAAACUGUCGGGGCGCCUAAAAGUGCUCAUGCGGAUAACGGAGAGAAUGGGCUGUCAACUCCGGAAACGUUGCAGCAAUCCUACAUAACCGUUGAGCUCGCCGACAAAUUGGAUAUUUUAUUCAGCUUUAUCAAGACCCAUUUAAAGAGUAAAAUGAUUGUGUUCCUUUCAAGCUCUAAGCAGGUGCAUUUCGUGUAUGAGACCUUCAGAAAGAUGCAACCAGGUAUCUCACUAAUGCAUCUUCACGGCAGACAGAAACAGACAGCAAGAACAGAGACGCUAGAUAAGUUCAGCAGAGCUCAGCAGGUUUGUCUCAUCGCUACGGAUGUGGUCGCCAGAGGUAUCGAUUUUCCCGGCGUUGAUUGGGUGAUUCAAGUUGACUGCCCAGAAGACGUCGAUACGUACAUUCACAGAGUUGGCAGAUCAGCAAGAUAUGGGAAGCGCGGCAAAUCUCUGAUCAUGCUAACUCCACGAGAGCAAGAAGGUUUCCUGAAGCGGUUGAAGACGAAGAACAUAGAGCCAAACCUGCUUACGAUCAAGCAAUCGAAAAAGAAAUCGAUCAAACCUCAACUACAGUCAUUAUUAUUCAAGGACCCCGAACUCAAGUAUCUGGGCCAAAAGGCAUUUAUUUCUUACGUCAGAUCAAUAUACAUCCAAAAGGACAAGGAAGUUUUCAAAUUUGAAGAUCUGCCCACCGAAGAGUUCGCCCAGUCUCUUGGUUUGCCCGGUGCUCCAAAGAUUAAGAUAAAGGGAAUGAAGGCCAUCGAACGUGCAAAGACUUUGAAAAACACCUCAAGACAGCUACUGUCGCUAUCGAAAACCUCCGAGGAUGGCGAACCCAUCAAUGAGAAGACAAGGGAAGUGAAGACUAAAUAUGAUAAGAUGUUUGGACGUAAGAACCAAACAGUCCUAAGCGAACAUUACCUGAACAUAACUAAAUCGAACGCGCAGGAGGACGAGGAUGAAAAUUUCAUGACUGUAAAACGUCAAAAUCACAAGCUCAAUGAGGAUGAGCUCCCUGAACUCACUGUACCAACGUCAAAGAGAUCGAUCAAGAAAGCACUCUCAAAGAAAGCCUCGCUAUCGUCUAAAGGUAAUGCGACAAAAAUGGUCUUCGAUGAUGAGGGAACCGCUCAUCCGGUAUAUGAGCUAGAGGGAGAAGAAGAGUUUCAUAAGAAAGGUAGUGCUGAAAGCCAGAAGAAAGAGUUUCUCGAGAAAGAGACAAAAGUUAUGGCAGCAGUUGAUUCUGAUGAUAAAAAGCUGGCUAAGGAAAAACGGCAGGAGAAGAAGAGAAAGCGUUUGGAGGCAAUGAGGAGGGAGAUGGAAGCCGAACUUGCCGAAGAAUACAGUGAUGAGGCAGAGACGGUUGCUCAACUGGGUACGGGCAAUCUCAGCGACGAUAUGGAAGAUGACUACGAGUCGGAUUCAGACGAAAAUGGUCGCCAAAGCAAGAAGCACAAAUCCGUUAACUACAAGCGCCACGCCGCAGUUGUUGAAGAUCACGGCGACUUUAUUGAGGUUGAAGAACCACAUACUCUGGAAGAUUUGGAAUCGCUCACAGCCAGGUUGAUUGAAAGUUGA